CUGAUUGUAAGUGCCACCGCCAUCUGCAACCGCGGAAACACUUAUCUUUCAUGUAGUCUGCAGCGAGACAUUUUCCAGACCCAUGGCAGGAGCAUGAGAGAUGUCUGGACUGCUGUUCGCGUUUGGAGAGACUCCGGUGAAGAGGUGGCUGCCAUCCCUCUCGAAAAGGCUUCUGAUGUGAAGGCCCUGAAGCAGCGCCUACUAAAGCAGUGUCAAAUGCCGCGUUUCCGACAAAGACUGUUCCACAGGGGUUCUUUCAUGAAGGAUGCCAUGAGGCUGACGUCGCCAAUCGACGUGAAACUGACUUUGGUGCCGUUUGUCUCCGCCUCAAAGCAGCAGGUCCGCGACCUCGCAGAGGCUUCGCAGAAGGGUUGGCUUUCCAAAGUUGAAGACAUACUAAAACGCCCGCAGGACCCAGAUGGGCUGGCGUCUGAUGGGUACAGAGCUCUCCACUAUGCAUCUGCAAACGGUCACACUGAAGUCGUGCGCCUACUCUUGGAGGCAGGUGCCAAAAUCAACAAGCGCACAGACGACCGGGUGACGGCACUCUGUUGUGCUGCCAAUGGCGGUCAUGCUGAGACUGCACGCUUGUUGCUGGAGGAAGGUGCCGAUGUGAAUGAAGUGGAUGAGAGCGACUCCAAUGCCCUGAGUUGUGCAUACUUCAAUGGACACUUAAAGGCUGUUUGGUUGCUGCUGGAAGCUGGUGCCGACAUGAGACGGGACGUUGUGAAAUGUAUUGCAAUUGAAGCUGUGUUCAUCACCCCCUUGCUUUGCGUCAUGGCUGUCCUCUACAUCGUCUCCUUGUUUUACAGCAUGUACAUUCCCCUUUUUUGGUUGGAUGACCGGUAUGCAGUCUUGGGGUGUUUUCUGUCCCCGAUUGUGCUACUGAUCCUGACAUGGCUGUACUUGCGGACCAGGCCGAUCAUCUUUUGGAAGCCGAUCCUUUGGGUGUAUAUACCGGCUUCCCAAUUCUGGAAGCAUGUAGUUUCACCUCACGCAGACAAGCUCGACUGA